AUGGAUCUGUCUGAGGAAAAUGUGUAUGAGAACCCAGAUAUCACCAACCAGAAUCAGACAUCAUGUCUGUAUGAGAUGCCUUACGACGAGCCCUCAAAUCAAACACCAGUGUACCAAAACACUAGAUGGGCCUUUGGAAGAAUACCAAAUCCGCCUUCGUUUCCAGCAUCCCCUCCUCCUGACAAGGAAUGCUACAAAAAUUCAUCUUCAUCUUCACACGCUGAUGACGAAGAAAGGGGAGAGGACGCUUGCUAUAGUGAGGACAAGACAACAGUUCCAGACAGUAGUACACAGUCUAAUUUGGGGAGGCUGUCUUCAAAUUUGGUAGACUGCGGGAACUUGGUACGUAGAUCUGAAUCUAAAUCCUCAUCAACUUCAUCCGCAUUUGAGCAAGAUGGAUCUGACUUGAACCCAAAGCCUGAAAAUGACAAAACUAAAGUCACCCUAUUUGUUAAGGCUGGAAGUGAUGGGGAGAGCAUCGGAAAUUGUCCAUUCUCACAACGCCUUUUCAUGAUCCUUUGGCUGAAAGGCGUCGUCUUCAAUGUCACCACAGUUGACCUCAAAAGGAAACCAGCUGACCUUCACAACCUGGCCCCGGGGUCACACCCACCCUUUCUCACAUUCCAGGGAGAGGUGCUGACUGAUGUCAAUAAAAUAGAAGAGUUCUUGGAGGAGAUGCUGGUUCCACCCAAGUAUCCCAAACUUGCAGUGAAGAACCGUCACUCCAAUAUAGCAGGAAAUGAUGUGUUUGCCAAGUUCUCCGCUUACAUUAAAAACACAAGUUCUGAUAAAAAUCUGGCAUUAGAACAGAGUCUCAACAAGGCUCUGGUAAAACUUGAUGAGUAUCUGUUGAACCUGCUACCUGACGAGGUUCACCUUGUCGAUGGAGAAUCCAAACGCAAAUACCUGGACGGUGAUGAGCUGACGCUAGCUGACUGCAACCUCCUUCCUAAACUUCAUGUAGUCAAGGUGGUGGCGAAGAAAUACCGGAAUUACGACAUCCCCUCCCAGUAUAGAGGCGUGUGGCGUUACCUUGGCAAUGCCUACAUCAGAGAUGAAUUCAUAAACACGUGUGCAGCUGAUUUGGAAAUUGAGCUAGCCUAUAAGGAUGUUGCUAAAACACUAGGGAAAUGAGCUGCAACAUGAUUAUCAUAUUAAAAAAAAAAGAUUACUGGGAAUUGUGUCAUCUGACAGGAUUGAUUGUUUUAAUUAACUUUUUAACAGCAUCUGAAAAUAGACUCUAAACGUUCAUGUUUGACAGCAUCUUGUUUUUUGGAAAACAAUUUACUGAAUCCCUAUUUUCCAAAGAUUAACCAAAUGAGGAUACAGCUACAUUGUUAUUUUUUUAAUUAACCCAUAAUUUAUGGGCUUGUGAAUAUGAGGGUUGUUUUAUAACACAGUAAUAUGAAACCAUUAAUACUAAAUGAUAGCGUCUUUGAGCCAAAGUAAUCUUCCCCCACCUCUCAUUUUCAUGAGGUAAACAUUGUUGAGGGCAUAUUGUUUAUGGUCUUCAGAUGUAAUGACUUCCACUUGUAAAUCUCAAGAUACACUUUUAUAGUUGACACACUUGAA